AUGGCUUUUAAACGAAAAUUUAGUUUAAAUAUUGAACAUAUUCAACAAGAAGAAGGAUUAGAAAAUUCACGAACAUCAUCCAUAUUAAGUCCAAAUGGAGCAAAACAUUUUCGUCGACAAUUAAGUGAACAAAAUUUCGACGAAUCUCAAUUGAUGAAUCGUUUUGAUGAUGAACAAAAACCCUUUUUAUCUAUUGAUGGUAUUGAAAAAUUACCAUAUAAAAUUGCUAAUAUCAAUCUAGCUGAAUUGGGUAGAAAAACAUUGUCAAUGGCUGAAGCUGAAAUGCCAGGAGUAAUGUUAUUGAGAAAAAUCUAUACUCCUAAACAACCAUUGAAAGGUGUUCGACUUGCUGGAUGUUUACAUUUAACAGCACAAACUGGAGUAAUGAUUGAAACAUUUUGUCAAUUGGGUGCACAAGUUCAAUGGAGUUCUUGUAAUCCAUUAUCAACACAAGAUCAUGUAGCAGCUGCAUUAGUCAAAACUGGUAUACCUAUUUAUGCAUGGAAAGGUGAAACUGAAGAAGAAAAAUUAUGGUGUAUAGAUCAGACUAUCUACUUUGCUGAUGGUCAACCAUUAAAUGCUAUUUUGGAUGAUGGUUGUAAUUUGGCACGAAUUAUACAUGAAAAAUAUCCACAUUUAACAAGUCUGAUACAUGGUAGUAGUGAAGAAACAACAGCUGGUAUAACAAAAUUACGUAAAUUAUUCAAACAUAAAAAAUUAAAAGUUCCAGUUAUUAAUGUUAAUGAUAGUGUAACAAAAUCAAAAUUUGAUAAUAAUUAUGGAUGUGGUGAAAGUCUUAUUGAUGGUAUCAAACGUGCUACAGAUGUUAUGAUUGGAGGAAAAAUAGUAGUAGUUAUUGGAUAUGGUAAUGUAGGAAAAGGAUGUGCAAAAGUAUUAAGUGGUUAUGGUGCACGAGUUAUUGUUACUGAAAUCGAUCCAAUUUGUGCUUUACAAGCUGUAAUGGAUGGUUAUCAAGUAACAACAAUGGCUGAAGCAUGUAAAAUUGGUCAAAUAUUUGUAUCAGCUACUGGUUCAACAGGAUUAAUUCGUGGUGAACAUAUGAUGGAAAUGCGUGAUAUGGCUAUUUUAUGUAAUAUUGGUUCCGGACAAACUGAAAUCGAUGUUGUAUGGUUAAAAGCUAAUGCAGUCAAAAUUGAACAUAUUAAACCACAAGUUGAUAUUUACCAUUUACCAAGUGGUCGUGCUAUUAUUUUACCUGCUGAUGGUCGUGUUGUUAAUCUUUCUUGUGCACAUGGAAAUCCAAGUUUUGUUAUGAGCAAUUCAUUUUCAAAUCAAAUUUUGGCACAAAUUCAAUUAUUUACAAAUAAAGGACAAUAUCCAAUUGGAAUUCAUACUCUUCCAAAAACCAAUAUACAAUUUACUACUUCGAUACCAUUAGAAAACACUCAUAAUGAUCAAUUUAUUACAUUCACUCCUAUUGCAGUUAAUCAAUAUCGAAAGAAUUCAGUUCAUACUAUCAUUACUGAUGAUCAUAUUAGUAAAAUAUUAGAAAAACUUGGUUUAUCUACAAUUACUUUUACAACAAAAUCAUCACCUAUAUGA